AUGCAAGGUUCAAAUAUAAAAACAGCAGUGGCCAUUCUCAACUGUCUGUUCGCUCGUCAGCUCUGCUUCGAGGAUCCGUCUUGCAGUGCUAUUUUGGAAAUAAUCCCUCGGGUUUGUGGACCAGAACUCGUUGCCUGCUCCACUGUGACAGUGACAAAGUGCCAAGCGGCCUUGAAAACCCUUCAGGCGUUUUCGUUCUUCAGGCCGACUUGUCUCUGCAAAGAACCGCAUGUUGAUCCCGACUGCAACAGUUUCCAGAAUUUCUUGUUUGAUCAUCCGUGCGUCUACGUUAUGAAAAAAGACAAAGAUCCCUAUCCAAUUGAUGCGCUCCUGACUUGCAACCAUGCCCUGAGUGUGUGUCAACGUGAUAAACCUUGCUCCAAGCACCUGGAGGACUUUAAAGCGAGCUGCAAAGCACGCGAUGGAAAAUGCAGAGAGAGUCGAGAAGUUUGCCAUGACGCCUGGACCCAACUCCGGUUGUCACCACUGUUCGGCUGCAUUUGCCCGGCCAAUCAAAUGAAAAAACGAUGCGAUAAAAUAUUUUCAAUGAUUAAUCAUAAUCCUUGCGUCGACUUUCUGCCUUCCUCCGCGUCCGUAGACCUAUCGGGAACGGACUCGGCCCUAUAUCCAUUCGACCCCCAGCAGGAGAACUUCCAAGAGAUCUGGUUGCCCCCGACCAGUAUGUACCCCUAUUUUCUAUUCCCCGCGACAUCGCGCACCUAUAGCUACGAUAUCGAUGAUAGCGAUCGUCAUCACAAUCACUAUGGUGUACCAGAAUUACCAGGUAGCACUGGUACUGGUAGAUACGGUAUAAAACCGAAUCCACUAACCCCACCGGAUUCAGAUCAAUCAAAGCCACCAAUAGACACCAGCAAUCAUCAAAUAAGAAGGUUGGAUGGAUCCAGUGGAGGAACUAGACAAUUAGGGCUAGAUAACAAGGGCAUUAAUUCAUCUCCGUCCGCUUCUUCUUCUUUAUCUUCUUCUUCUUCUUCCCUGUCGAAUAAGCCCAAGCAUGAUAUGCAGCCAGAGCACAAACGCGAGCAUGAUAAUAAUAAUCAGCACAACAACAAUAUGCACCAACAUCAUCGCGAAAGACAUCACCAUGAUUAUCAUCCCGAUUCACCUGCACAACCUGCACCAUCCACAAUAGUGAAAAAUUAUGAUCCUGCACAAUCAGCACCACCGCUCCAACCUGGCACCAACGUAUUUGCACCGAGACCUACCUACAAGCACGGUGCUAUUGUUAUCAAUCGUUAUGAUGAUACUGAUGAAUUCGGUCAUCGUAUUGGUAUGCCAGUCGAUCGUCUCUUCGAUCUUCGCGAAGCCUUUGAUGGAUUUGUUGAUCAAGUGAAAAUCAUCUCUCAUCCCGACAACUCGACGAGUUUCGAGAUCAUCGAGUCACAGUUGGAGAAUCCAUUGAUCGACGCCAAUCAUCAGGAUCUCCAUGCUUUGAAGCAACUUGCACUGCCUGGCUUCCGGCAUCAUCCACAUCAUCGUAGAAAUCUUACUGAUGAGCAUGAUGAUCCCAGUGGUACGGGUAUUGACACCGAGAGGAUCAUCCACCAGCCCAUGAAACUGGUGCUGACGACCACGUGUCACAAUGCUUUCGAGCUCUGCAGAAACGACACCGAAUGCAGUGGUUUAUUUCAACCCGUGCUGAAUCACUGCGACUUGGCCAGCUGUGCACGUAACGAGUGCAUGAACGCCCUUCAGCACUUCUACAAGAAGGCCAACGACAGACACUCCAUGGAGAUUGCUUUUUGCCUGUGCAAGAAAACGCAGGAUAAACAAGACGAGUGUAUGGUCGCGCAGGAAAAAACACAUCCAGUCUGUGCACAAGGCCAUGAUCUUGCGGAGCUACCAACCUGUCAUGGUUUAGCUGAAACCUGCAAGGAGGACAGAGCCUGCAGGAAUAAAUUGGAGCACUACGAGCAGAGUUGUGCCGUAGACAGUGUAACAAAGAAGUGUGCAGGACCACCAGGUGAUUGCAGACGUGCAAUGCUCGGUAUUCUCGGAACAGAGUUGAGAUCAAACUGCGCUUGUAAGGGCACUGACAUGACACAAAUGUACGACUGCCUCGGCUGGCAGCGUCUCCUCUGGGUUAAUCCCUGCGUGGUUGACUCACAGAAGGACUUUCACACUCGUAAGAAGCAUCAUCAUCAUCCACAUCCGAGAACAACAACAGCCACAGAAGUGUGGAGCACUACAGCAACAUAUCUGGCAACUGAGCCAACGAUUACGGAGACCAUUGUAGAGGACAAUUUUAUUCCAGAUGUGACAAAGAGAUCCUCAACCCAGGCUGCGCCAACGUCAGAGGCAUCAACCAGUACAACAGUAACACCUAGUACAACAAGUACUACUAUUCGUGUUACAACACCCAGUACAACGACAACGAGUACAACACCACCAAGUUUCUGCGUGGUUCAAAGGGCGAGACAAAACCAUCAGUAUAUUCGUGUUGGUAAAGCGAAAAGGCUUUAUCGCGAGGAUGAGCCAGAGUGCUCAGAGUUGUGUCAGUGUGGUGAGGGUGAACUGCUCCUCUGUAAUACAAUUUGCGUCGAGUCGUCACCCUGCAAGACUGACUUUGCCUUUUACAACCAUGCGGCACCAGCUUACCAGGCUUAUCGUGGCCGGUGUUUGUGCUACAGCGGUCGUUUCAUAUGCAUGCGGCCUUCCCCGGAGUCUUACAGUAUACCUCAUGGGGUCUUCAUGUUCCUUGGAUACAGUGAGGAAGAUGAAAAUCUACUUAGGAGUCAUAACAAUCAGACUGUGCUGGACGCAGUCAACUCGCUCGAUAGCUUCAUGCGUGAAGAAGCGAAAAAUCAGACGGUAUGUACUCUUUUCUUGUACAAUAUCACGAGGGAGAAUGUAAUUGCGGUGGCGAGACUCGGUGGGGAUAAUCCACUACCGAACAGCACUCAGGCGCAGAGUUUGCAGCAUUUGCUACGUGUCAAAGAGGAAUGCGGAGGAAUGCUGCAGGACCUAAGCAACAAAAUCAACAAUAAAUAUCAGGAGGUUCACACACAUCCGCUCCUCUCAAUCUUCAAAAUGGCCGAAGUCGAGGUGAAAUUACCACAGAGCAGUGAGGGACGUGUGACCACAUCCUGUCUCACUCUGGUAAUCCUCGUUUCGAUCCUGUUAAUCACAGUAUCCAGUCGAAUUGGUCUCAAUCCUGGUGUACUUGAUGCUCCUACAUCGUGACAGGGUACGUGAGUCUCAAUAAAACGACUAAAAUCUGGACAGAUGUUUAAAGAAUGAUAUUUAUAACAUGAGAGGUGAGACGAAAAUAAGAGUGCAUUCACAUGCCUGUAUUAUGCUUGAGGAGCGAUGUUAGAAAAUGUGUAUAAAAUUCAAUAUUUAGGAGAUAUUCAAAUAUGUAUGAGAAAAAUUGUAGAGUGAAUUGCUGAGUGGAAUGCGGAGAAUUUGUUCUCGUGGAAUAGAACUCAUCAUUUCUGGGGCUGAUGAAAAUAGUGGUAUCAGAUUGUCGGUGAAAUUUACGAUUGAAAAUACGCUUUGAGGCGUUUUCACUCCAAUAGUUCCAGGGAUUCGCGAGAGACUUUCUCAUUUGAAAAAAUUGUUUUUGAAGUAUGUCAGGAACAAUUGGAAAAAGACCGGCUCAACACCCGUAUUUAUUGUCAAAAAUUCUCCGGUCUGUUCAACACUACCAUUUUCAUGCUCAUCAGACCACCCCUUUUCAUUCAAACAUCAAAGCGAAAUAAACUCGCGUUUCUCUUUGCUUUCAUUUUUUACAGAAAUGUGACUAAUCGUCGAGUUUCGUUCGUUUCCGCACAAUUCGUCAUCACAACUGAAUUUUAUUUCUCAAGAAUUUUGAAGAGAGCCCGUAGAGAUAUCAAAUUUCCAAAAUUCAUUUCAGUAGUGAAGCGGUAAAAUGGUUUCAGUCGAUUUAGCCGUUACUUGAGUUUUCGAAUCUCCGAAUCUAAAGGAGAUCAUAAAAUCUUCGUAAUCACCUUUCUUAUAGACCAAAUUGGAAGCUACAAAAUAGGUAAUGACAACCAUUUUUCUAUCUCUCUUCGGUUUCGAGAUUUUCAUUGAAAACUGUCUAAUAGUAAAAAUCGACUUGGACCAUUUUUUAUUUUAAUUUUAAAUAUCUCUUUACUGCAUGGAACGACCAACGUCUACGAUCGUCUACGCGUGAUAGAAGUGGGGAGCCGCCAGCAUGGUAGUGCGUUAUAAGGGAAACACGGAAACUCACGCACGCUACUACGAAAUGGCGAAAAGUGGGAAACCGUUUGGUCGUGGAAUAGGUUAAGGUAUAUCCCUAGAAAACACGUUUUUUUACGAUUGUCUCCAUGUUUUUCAUAGAUAUUCCCAAGCUAUUGAAAAAAAUGCUAGCUAGUUAUCCUAUACACUAUAGGAGAUAAUAAAUAAUGAAAUGCGGCUUUUAGUACGCGAGGCAUAGGUUAAAUGGGCGUUAAUGGGGCCCCCCGAACUCGAUUUUUCCAUCUAUGUGAAAAUGGUUCUUAUAUUACGAUGUUCUUAAUAUACGAAUCCGUGGUAGAUUGAUAAAUUCCGAAUAGGGUGAUUAUUUGUAAAAUUUAUAGUACAUAGUUUCUUCAAUAUUCAACUCUAAAAAAUUUUGAGAAAUCAUUUAUCAUUUGAUUCAAACAGCUAUUGUUGUCUCCACCAACAACAUAUGAGGAUAAAAAAACUCAAUAACUUAUGAGAAUUCAAUAAACUAAGCAAUUUAGAAUUGUUUCCGAAAAUACAUAGGGACUAACUUUUGGGUGCUAUUGUUUUGGGAUAUGCCUUAGCCCAAACAAGGGUCACUACACGUGACCCUGCGACUUUGAUCACCUCCGCCGGGAUUCCCUGACGGAUGAUUGAGGCCCGAUAGAUGGCGAUUAGCAACCAUGGACUUGAUAAAGAGAAACAGCUGACUUCAAGUUGCGUUUUAAUGCUCCUAGAAGUGCUAACUGCUAGACUCGCGAAAUUUCCGAACGCCAGUCAGCUAUUUCACAUUGCCUCGGUACUUUAUUCCUUCGUCCUGUUCCUUGUGCUCGUUCCUUGUUUCUUAUAUUUUUUAUUGUGACUGGUUGGCGUUUUCCUUAGUGGAGGCUUCGGCGACGAAAAUGAUCAAAUCAUAAAACACUAUGGAUUCAAACAAUUAUUUGAAUGAAGCGAAAGAAAAUUUUUUUUUUUUCAUUUAUCCAUUUUUGAUUAGAAUCGUUUUUUUUAAAUAUGACGUAGGAAAGUUGCAUAAUCAUUAACAGAAAUGACGCAAAAAAUUUGUAAUUAUAUUCAAAAUACCAUUAAAAAAAUUCCAAGUUGGAGAUUUUUUAAAGUUGAUUUUUCGAUUAAAAAAACUCAAUCUCUAAUUUUUAGCGGUCGGAGACAAAUUUGACUUGAAAAAGUUGGAUUACUGAGGAAAAAUCCCGCGGAAAAAUCUAUUUUUUUAUUUUUUUCCGAAAAACGAAACAGUAUUUUCCCCGGAGUGAACCUUCCCUUCAAUAGGCUCCACACAGUGUUUUUUGUCAGGAAUUUUCCUGCCUAUUUAGACAAAUCGAAACCACCUUGCUCCAGCCUCCACUUUCAUUUUUGUUUAUAGAAAUGUUAAUUUGGCAUCACAAUUUGUCAUCACCACGGAGUUUUAUCCCUCAAAAUUCUUGAAAUGACCCACCAGAAAUCUCGAAUUUCCUAAAAUCGUUUUCAUUUCUAGAAAAGCCAGCGCAUCUGCUUCUUUUAGUAUCAUCGACAAUUGGCGUCUACUCCACUCCGGUAGUUGUAAGAGAACUUAUUCGUGAAAAACUUUUUCACCUAAAAAACUUGUUUUCCGAGUACGGCAAAAAGUACUCGAGGAAAGUAGGCCGAGCAGCAGUGUUUUUCGUCGAAAUUUUCUCUGGCUAUCUAGUGCCACAAUUUUCAUAUUCAGGAGACCAUCCAUUGGCAUUCAAACAUCAAAGCAAACUAACUUAUACAUCUCGUUUUCUUUUUCCUACAAAAAUGUGACUAAUCAUUAAGCUCCAUUCAGUUUCGCACAAUUCAUCAUUACAACUAAAUUUCAUCGCUCGAGAUUCUCGAAAUGACCCAAUGACCCAAUAUAUCAGAAUUCCUAAAUUUAUUUUGAUGAAAAAAAUUAGAAAAACAAUCGUCAUCUAUUUUCUCCCAAUAGUUGCGGAAAUAUUCAUGCCCAACUUUGUCAGUUUAUAAUCUUGUUUUUUGCGUACAAUAGGCUUCAACCCGGUCAUUUUCGUCAGGAAUUUUGUUGGUAUUCCGUAAUUUUCAUAUUCACUGAAUCAUUUAUUGCCGUCCAAACAUCAAAGCAAAUAAACUUACGCAUCCCAUUGUUUUCAUUUUUCUAUAGCAAUGUGACUCAUCAUUGAGUUUCGUUCAGUUUCGCAUAAUUUAUCGUCACAACUGGAUUUUAUCUCUCAAGAGUCUCAAAAUGGCCCACUAAAUGUAUCAGACUCCCUAAAUUUAUUUUUAUAAAAAAAAUUUGAAAAAAAAACCAAUUGUUAUCUAUUUUCUUCCAAUAGUUGCGGAGAUAUUCAUGUAAUACUUUGUCGUUUAAAAAUCUCAUUUGUAGAUAAAACCCCGGUCGAAGCUAAUGUGUUUAUCAGAAAUUUUUCUGGCAUUCCAGUGCCACAAAUUUCAUAUUCAUCGAAGCAAAUAAUCUUAUAUUCCUUAUUGUUUUUUUUUCGGCCUAACUCAUUAUCAGCACUGAAUUUCAUCUCUCAAGUGACUCAUUUUCAUGAAAAAAAUUUAUCUAUUUUUCCCAAUAGUUGAAGAGAUAUUCAUGCAAAACUUUGUUGCUCAAAAAUCUCUUUUGUAGAUGAAAGCAAUUUCGAAUGUACACUGAGAAAAACAAAAUUUUUUGAGAAGUACGUCUUUACUGACGUCAACCAAGUUGUGACUU